AACUGAACGGUAAAAAGUUAAUAACCAUACAAAAGUCCAGCUGAAGACAUACUGUGCUGUUCGAGUUCUUGACCAUUUAUUUAUAAAAACAGAUGAAUUUCAUGAAUUCGACAUUACACCAUCAAUGGAAGGCCUCAAAAUACCUUUCUUGUUUUCCUCUUUAUUUUCCAUCUUAAUAAUCUCCAAUGCAGUAGACACCAUAACCAAAACUCAAUCCCUAACAGGCAACAAUACCAUUGUUUCAUCUGGUGGGAGCUUUGAGAUGGGUUUUUUCAGACCUGGCAAUUCCCGGAAUCAAUACCUGGGAAUAUGGUACAAGAAAAUAUCUGUCAAGACUGUUGUAUGGGUUGCCAACAGAGAAAUCCCACUCAUCAAUUCAUCAGGCGUCUUAACAAUAAUCGACCCUGGAAUUCUAGUCCUCGUCAAUGGUACCGGCACUGUCAUUUGGUCUGUCAAUGUGACAGGAUCCACACAGAACCCUAUUGCACAUCUUAUGGACUCUGGAAAUCUUGUUGUGAAGGAUGCCAAUGAUACGUCUGAGAAAUUUCUGUGGCAAAGUUUUGAUUAUCCGUGUGAUACUCAAUUACCAGGCAUGAAGCUUGGAAAGAACUUAGAAACAGGCCUAGAGCGCCACCUCUCCUCCUGGAAGAGCAGUGAUGAUCCAGCUCGAGGUGAGUUUAAAUUCCAGUGUGAUCCUCAAGGAUACCCACAAAAAAUUCUGAGCAAUGGUUCUGUUGACGUGUUCCGAACUGGGCCAUGGAAUGAUACCGGAUUUGGUGGGACACCAAACGUCUUCUACACAUAUGGAUUGGUUUACACUAUGGAGGAGGUGUAUUAUCAUUAUGAACUCCAGAGCGAUGUUAUCUCAAGGGUUGAUGUGAGUUAUGAUGGCCAUGUGCGGCGCUGGAUAUGGGUUGAUCUAACCCAGAAAUGGGACAUUUACCUGACUGCCCCAACAGACAACUGUGAUAAUUAUAAACUAUGUGGUCCUAAUGGUAGCUGUAACAUUGGAAGCUCACCGGCAUGUGGUUGUUUGAGUAAAUUUGUUCCCCAGAACCAAGCAGAAUGGGGAAAUGGAGAUUAUUCUAAUGGGUGUGUUCGGAGGACACCGUUGGAUUGCCAUAAGGGAGAUGGGUUUCUCAAGUAUUCGCGAUAUAAAAUGCCAGACACACGGAACUCCUGGUUUGACAGGAACAUGGCCCUAAGGGAAUGCGAGAUGGAGUGCUUGAAAAACUGCUCUUGUACGGCUUACACAAAUUUAAACAUAGGAGGACAUGGAAGCGGCUGCUUGCUUUGGUUUAAUGAGUUGAUUGAUAUGAGAAAGCUCAGUGAAGAUGGGCCAGACAUUUACAUAAGGAUGGCUUCUUCUGACUUAGGUCAAGCUGGCCACAACUGGAAGCCAGGAAAGUGGAUUGUAGUCAUCUCAGUAAUCUUGACAGGAACACUUAUACUUGCCUUGGGCAUUUCAUUGUACAUUUGGAAGAAAAAGUGGCAGCCAAAGAGAGAAGGACGAAUAAGACAUCAUCUUGGAGAAACUUACUACAAAGAAGCCAAGAAUGAAGAUAUAGAAUUACCGUUAUUUCACUUUUCUACAAUCACUAAAGCUACAGAAAACUUUGCAAUUAACAAUAAGCUUGGAGAGGGAGGAUUUGGACCUGUUUACAAGGGUAGGCUAGAAGGGGGACAAGUAAUUGCUGUGAAGUUGCUUUCAAAGAAUUCAAAACAAGGAGUCGAUGAGUUCAAGAAUGAAGUCAUCUGCAUUGCCAAGCUUCAGCAUCGGAAUCUUGUAAAGCUUCUAGGAUAUUGCAUUCAAGGAGAAGAAAGGUUGUUAAUAUAUGAAUACAUGCCCAACAAGAACUUGGACUCCUUUAUUUUCGAUCAAUCACAAAAGAUGCUACUGGAUUGGCCUACGCGCUUCCACAUCAUCAAUGGAAUUUCUCGGGGGCUUCUUUAUCUUCAUCAAGAUUCCAGAGUGAGAAUUAUCCAUAGAGAUUUGAAAGGUAGCAAUAUUUUACUAGACGAUGAGAUGAAUCCAAAAAUAUCAGACUUUGGCUUAGCCAGAAUUUUUGGAGGAAAUGAGACAGUAGCAAAUACGAAAAGAGUGGUUGGAACAUAUGGGUACAUGUCUCCAGAAUAUGCAAUUGAGGGGCUAUUCUCAGUAAAGUCCGAUAUAUUUAGCUUUGGUGUUUUGAUAUUAGAAGUAGUGAGUGGGCAGAGAAACAGGGGAUUUUGUCACCCAAGUCACGACCUCAACCUUCUUGGGCAUGCCUGGAGAUUAUACAAGGAAGGCAAGGCUACAGAAUUUAUUGAUGUACAACUACGGAACUCAUGCAAUCUAACUGAAGUGUUGCGUUCAAUUCACGUGGGUUUAUUGUGCGUUCAACAACGGCCUGAGGAUAGGCCUAGCAUGGAAAGUGUGGUUUGGAUGUUUGGCAGAGAAGGUGCUCUGACUCAUCAGCCUAAACAUCCUGGUUUUUUCACUGAAAGAAAUCUUCUUGAAACAGAAAGGAGAGAGAUUGAACAAUGUUCAGCCAAUAUGGUCACCAUAACACAGUUAGAGGCCCGAUAGAAGACAAUUCUUGUUGAUAUGUAAUUGUUAUGAUCCAAGCAAGACCUUUGAGUUUGUUUAGCUAAUGAACAUAAUGUCAAAGCUGUCUUUCUUGGCAACCAGCUUCAGAAAUAUUGGCUUAUGAACACAAUGUUAAGCCCUGUUUUCUAUGCUACUACAAUCUGACUUACCUAUGUCUUUUACUUAGUUUGGUUGCUUUUC